CCGUUCUCCGCCUAACGGUCGUUCUCACACAGCAGGCCCAGUCAAAACAAAGCAGCUUAGCUAACCUGUUCAGCUAGCUGUAAAUAUUUAACACAUCAUUACUCGUUAACUCUGUGGCGCAGUUUAUUUCGCUGUUUUUGUGUUUUAUUUAGAGUGUGGUCCUCUCUUCUCUGCCGUUAACCGUCCACGGAGCUGUUUGUUUGUUUGGUUUUGUCGGUGACGGUUGGAGAUGCUGCAGACGGCUAACGGAGAGCUGCUCGGUAGGCUGAGAGCGGCGACGAGCAGCAGCGGGUAAACAAGAAAAAACGGUUGAAAUAGAGAGAAAGAGGAGCAGGUUUCGACGUUUAAGAUAAAAACGGGUUAAAUAAAGUGCUGCUCUGCGGGCUGGGAGCAUGGUGGAGUAACCGUCUGCUGUUGUUGAUCUCACCGGGGAGGCUCAGCAUGGCCCCGGGCUCUCUGGUGGCGGCCUGCCGCAGCCUGGCCCUCUCUACCUGGCUGCUCUCCUUCUGCUUCGUGCACCUCCUGUGCCUGGACUUCACGGUGGCCGAGCGGGAGGAGUGGUACACCGCCUUCGUGAACAUCACCUACGUGGACCCGGCCACCUCGGAGCUGCGCACGGAGAAGACGGAGUGCGGCCGGUACGGGGAGCACUCCCCGAAGAGGGACGCCAAAGGAGUGCUGGUCCUGCCCGCAGCCCCGCACGACCGGCAGGCCUGCGACCCGAACAGCCGGUUCACCGUGCCCACUCAGAGCGGGGCCUGGAUCGCCCUGAUAGCCCGGGGGAACUGCACCUACAAGGACAAGAUCCGCCACGCUGCAGCCCACAACGCGUCCGCCGUGGUCAUCUUCAACGUGGGCUCUGCUAAUGUCAACGACACCAUCACCAUGCCGCAUUCAGGUACGGGCGAGGUGGUCGCCAUCAUGAUCCCGGAGCCCAAAGGACGCGAGGUGGUGUCGCUGCUGGAGCGCAACGUGACGGUCACCAUGACGAUCACCAUCGGGACGAGGAACCUGCAGAAGUACGUGAGCAGGACGUCGGUGGUGUUCGUGUCCAUCUCGUUCAUCGUGCUGAUGAUCAUCUCACUCGCCUGGCUCGUCUUCUACUACAUCCAGAGGUUCCGAUACGCCAACGCACGGGACCGCAACCAGCGUCGUCUUGGCGACGCGGCGAAGAAGGCGAUCAGCAAGCUGCAGGUUCGCACCAUCAGGAAAGGCGACCAGGAGACGGAGGCCGACUUCGACAACUGUGCCGUCUGCAUCGAGGGCUACAAGCCCAACGACGUGGUCCGCAUACUGCCCUGCAGACAUUUGUUCCAUAAGAGCUGCGUGGACCCGUGGCUGCUCGAUCAUCGCACGUGUCCCAUGUGCAAGAUGAACAUCCUCAAAGCUCUGGGCAUCGCUCUGAAUGCGGACUGUCUGGACGACCUGCCGCUGGACUACGACCUCGCCCUGGGUGGUGUUGGCGGGGGCGGUGGAGUCGGAGUGGGCGGGGUCGGGGCCCUGGCACUGGAGGCCGUGGUGUCCGGGGCGUCAAGCGACGGCACGCUGAGCGAGGGAGGCUCCUCGGUGGUGCUCGACCCCGGGGUGAGACGGGUGGGACUCCCGCAGGACUACCAGGACCCGGACACCCUGAGAGACAGCCCAGUGACAGCCACCACGGACACACACACAGGUGAGCUGCAGCCAAUGGCGAGCAGCGCCUCCGUUGCCUCCUUGGUCAUCACCGUGGAAACUGGUCUCUCAGACGAGGAGGGGCCAAUGGAGCCGUCUCAGCUCGGGGACAAGUCCUGAGAGGAGCCAGACAGAACCAAACCAGAAUCCAAGAGCCAAAACUGGACUUAGAUUUGUGAAAAGACUCGAGCGGACGACCCGACUGAAACCAGAUCAGCACCAAACCUGAGCGCACUAGACUCCAGCAUGACGGUUUCAGGUAUCUCUUUUUGGACGUUGCUGAACCAAACCUUAAUCUAUGGCCCCCAAGUGGACUUUGGCCCUGCUGGGUUUAGAUGCUGUCAUGGCACUUUGGACGCUAGUUGGAUGACUCUGUGGGUUGGUUUGGAUCUGGACUCCAAGAAUACUGACUGACCUUUGGCUUUGUUCUUCGUCUCCACUCUUGGCGAGGAUGGACCAGGACCAACCGUGGUUGUCUUCCAGCUAGUUCACCGUAAUGUUUCCCUCGUCUCUCCUUGGAUUAACCACAUGAACCAACGCUCCAUGGGAUAUAACUCGUCUACCCCUCUGUGGUCGCUUCCCUAGAUGUCCUGACCUACGUUUUCCCUGAGUCCAUUCUGUUUCUAGAAAUAAAGUUCCCAGCUUCUUAAACCUGAAGGAUUCAAAUAAAACCUGGUUCUUCAUUUCAAAUAUAGUCAAACUCGUCUCCAGACUCGAUGGACUUCCAAAGAUUGGAUGGGAAUCUCGCCUCUUUAUUCGAGUAAACAGGGUUGAACCGCAGAAACUCAACUGCCAAAAAAAACGGAUGAACUCUUCAGAGAACAUCGAUCUCCCAUCGUUGGCGAAUCUGAGAGAUCUCGGCGAAUCCUUGAGAACUCCAAACACACAACCUGUGUGUUUUAAAAGUAUCUGUGAGCGAUCCGGGCCAGAAAUCUUGAUCCACCUGUAUAUUUUUACUGGUUCUGAUUCAGUAAGGAUUGCUCUUGUCUUUGGACCUUUUUGUGGAGUAUUCUGUUUCCUGGUGUUUCCAGGUAGAGAGGCACAAAAACGAACACACUUCCAAGCUUCAUGGAAAGGAAGGCUACUUACUCUUCUGUUCUGGACAUUUGGGAAGAAUCAAUCUCUGGUUAAUUUAAGUCAUUUGAUUUUGCCAGUUGUUGGUGUGUGCGGUGACUGACUUUAGUUUAGGAACUCUUAAUUCAAAAGGACACGCGAUGGGCCGAGGAUUGUUCCUGUUUUUGUGCCAGUUUUGCUCAAACGGUUGAUUGAUCGGGACAGCAUUACAGCUACAGUUUGACGCAGUAUUGACCAAUAACUACACAGUAUUUUGUUUAGCUUGUCUGUAAAAUUCAAGAUUUCUUUAUCUUAACAGAACUCGGACAGUAUUUGAUUUAGGUGUUUUCUGUCCUCGCUUGUAGUUCCAAACAGGGUUCCUUUGUGCAUCCAGAGACCUGACACUAAGAUAUACUCCUGACUGAACGUACAAAGUCUCAAGACUCCUAAAGGCUAGUUAACUGUAAAUCACAGAUCGAUAUAAGUGGAACAUGUGAGAGUAGUGGGAGAUAUUUCAUGUUGGGCCUUAAGACGUUUGGAAACAUUAGAUAAGAGAUGCCAUCAUCAUGAAGGAGAGUUUCAGCUGCAUUAACAUCAGUCGUCCUCUCUAAAUAGUUUCUGUAUUCUCAAAGCCAGAAAACAACCCAUACCGCUGGGAAAACAAGUUUUUAUUGAAAGAGAACCAAGGUGAGGCCGAGUGAUGACAACCAUGGUCAACCAUCCAAGCAUCAUGGUUUGAAACUACGAAACGGUCGACCUCCCAAGACUGGGAACUCAAACUGAGGCCUGUGAACCUUGUCAGUUCCAAUGAAGUCCAUUCAACCAGAUGACCACAUCAUCAACACUGUGGACAGAAACUUAGUGCGGUUCACCCCGAACGGAAAGUUAGGGGGGAAAACCAGAAGUGGAAAGUUCUGACAGCAGAUUAGAAAGAUUCUGACAGAUUUUAGUAGAAAGCUAAAAGCUAAAUGGAGAUACAACGGAAGGAAUUUAGUCAGUCCUUCAUUUUAGAACGAGACAGGUUUAUAAAGAAAUCUCUCAUAUUUUAAUCCGGGUCAUUUUGGAUUCAAAACUUGCCCCCCGAGAAUUAAAGCUACUGUUUUGGCCAUAGAGUUCCUAUCUGUAACUUUGAAGAGAGAGAUGUUAUAAAGACCUUUCAUAUAGAAAAAGGUCAGAAAAUGUGUGCUCAAACAGGCCGUUUGGAGAUUUCCCUUUAUGACAUCACAAAGGGCAGUAGCCCCUCCCCCAGGUGGGUGACACUCCCACAGCUAGGUGUUUGUUCUGCCCUCUGAGUCUGCCUUCUCACCGUAAACAAUAGGACAUGGAGCGAGAAAGACCGAGUACACCCGAGCCCAUCCAGAGAGGGGGCGUGGUCAGACACAGCUCAUUUACAUAUUUAAAGGUACAGACACAGAAACAGCCUGUUCUGAGCAGGGCUGAAAUAGAGGGGUUUAUAGACAUGAUCAAAUACAGGAUCAGAGUGGAUUUAGAACAAGAAACUUCACACACAUGUUUUGAGGAGAUCUGAGACUUAUUUAAACUGAAGAAGAGGAGGAGGAUAUGUCACCUUUAAACCCCAAUGAUUACUUUGCAGCCAUGGAAUAUUUCCAAUUGUUUUAGAAUAUAAAAGAUAGGACUGAGGUUUGAAAAUAAUGGAACUGUCCUUCCAAAAGUUAAAAAGAUGAAAACUUUCCUCAUCAGUCUUCCAUCGUGGCCGUCUUUUAAGAGUCGUAACGCUUGACACGUCGGAACCCUGUUUCUGGUGUUUCUUUGUGUUCUUGUCCGAUUGUCCGUCCGUCCUUCACCCUGUCCUCGUGCUGCCUUUAAACCAUUUUAACUACAACCCUGACAAUCACAGUUUUGAUGUUUUACUUGAUGGUCGGGGAUCUUUUCUCUGAACUUAAGCUAACAUAAGAAGCAUUAUGUGUACCACGAGAAGCUUAAGCUGCCAUUGGAACGCCACAAAAACAAACUGUGACAGACCACAGGAAGUGAAAGGAGUUAGUCGCUAAAUAUCUUUCCCUGCCCUCGUGAGUGUAGUUCAGCUGAGAGCCGAGGAUGUAAAUAAAAAAAAAUGUAAAUUCAACAUGUUCACUGCUCCACCUGGCGUCACCGUCGGUUUGCCAAACCGGCGUGCAGACUGCGAUCAUGUCAUGGUGUCUCUGGCGCUGUGAGCUUCCCUGAAAAUACUAGAAAGAUAAAGAUUGUCGUCUAUUUUGAUACCAGAAAAGACGUUUAUUUUUGUAAUGAAGACGCCAAGCAGCAAAGACUGACCCCUCCCCCGCCUCGAUACAGCACGGCCUGUUGAUUCUCAAUGUGAUUGAGCGCUGAGCGGGCAGAUUUAAUUGUUGACUAUUUGUGUAUUUGUACAUACAUACUGGACGCAAAGGACCUUGAUGAUAUGAAGCUAAAUUAUUCUAAACAUUCAGGAUCUGAUUGUCGAUGUAGCCUGAAGAAAACGGAGUCAGAGUGUAGGCUGGACCACCAGCGCCGAGCUGUUUGAAAACUUUAUUCUUGGGCGUUCAAAACGUCUUAACUCCGUUGACUACGAAGCCAAUUUGACCAACAGCCCCAGAAAUAAAUAAAACGAUAAACGUUGAGUGUUAUUGGGUUUUUAACGGUGAAAUGUUUGGCUCAGGGGAAAUCAAAUGGUACACAUUUGUAAGAUUAAAAAGCCGUUUUUGUGUCGGCGCUCCAGUCCUACUUCUGAGUCCGUUUUCUCUCGAACGAUUUUAAGUGUUUUUAAGUUUCUUCCUACUUUGCUUCCUAAUCUUUCUUCUGUCCUCACAGUUACAUUUCAGGGCUCUCGGUUCACUCAGUUAUCUAGUAGACGACAAACACUAGUUAAUUUAAACACUAGUAAAAAAAAAUGGUGCCGAGCGUAUUCGUUGUAAUAUAUGAAUGAUUGACCCGUUUACGUUUGCCUUUUCUUGGAUCAUUUUCAGCAAAAUAUUUGAAUUAAAAUGACUUCCUUUGUGUUGUAAGCUUUAUUUUUUAAGGAUUUCAUGUUUUUUUUCUCACAUUUGCUGUUUUCUUUCUCUAAUUUAUUUUUCAUGACUGCAACUCUGCGGCCGCAGUAGUGAAAAGGAACUGAACCGAAUCUUUAUUUUGUUGUGUAGACCGAGGCUGCCGCGGCACGAGGGGUCCCCCCAGGUAUCAACGUUGAUUCUCAAAAACUCUUUUAUUGUGAAGAGAAACCUUUCUGUAGUACCUCGUAGUAGACGCUAAUUAGCACAGAGAGCUGGCGUUGACUUUUGGUAACAAUCGGAUGUUUUGCCACUUUGAUGCCAUUUUGUUUUGUCUUGAUUCUUUACUCGGACAAAAUUUAACUUUUGACUUUUGACCGUAUUUCUCAGUUUAAAUAUUUUGGUUCUACGACCAAUUUUUGUGAAAUGCAUCAGCACAAGUAUAAACCAAGCGGUAACCUGGCGGGAUGAAAAAGACAAAAGCAGAAGUGCAAACUCCUGCAGUUCAUCGAGUGUCCACUAGAGGCUGGCUGCAGAAGCAUCUGAAGUCACAUACACACCACAGCCAAAAUAGCUAAAAAAGUUCAAUCUUAAGUUUCCUACUUUGUAACAAAUGGACGAAUAUCUUCUAAAUAACCCAACCGACUAAUUAAACAGAAGAACCUAACAUGCAAUUAUGUCGACUGUAUCUCAAAAAGAUUAAUCUUAACACAAGUUCUGAAUCGUAAAUAAUGAAUGUCUUUUAGGUAACAUGCUUCGAUAGUUAUAUGUAAUAUAGACAUUGUACUUUUGAUAAAUUGUUAAAUAUGGGACCCCCCGUGUCACUGCCAGUAAUGACGUCUGAUUGGUUCUAUGUUCUUUCCGGGAUGCUGUGUUUUGAUCGGUUGUUCAGCAGUUUUUGUUGAUGCACUUUAAUUCUCUUUCUCUGGAAGGUUCUGGAAAACCCUUUCUCCCUUCUUUUACUUUCAAUUUGGGAAUUAAUUUAAUUUAAUCCUACCUUUUCUCAGUCUAUAACUCCCCUGUGUUAUUUUGAUUCGGUGUUUGACUCGUUUUUCUGAAUGAUUCGAUUGUUGAAAAUGAGCGGGUGUUUCUUUUUUGUUCUGUUUUUUUUUUUUUUUAUGGUAUUGAUUAUGUUGUGAAUUCUGGGUCAGGAGAAGACUUUCUGGGCCAUAUUAAUCUACAAACUGUUUGUGUUUGUAGACAGACUGCCAUAUUUUUUGCCAUAUUUGGGAGCUGUGUACUUUCUAAUCUCGUCACUUAAGCCACAAUGUCCCAGUCGAGGAGAAUGUUUUAAUUUCCAACAUCUGCCUAUAAACACAUGGACGGUGUUCAGAGAAUAGAGUGAGAAAUAUAAAAACCAACACAAAGCCUGUGUAAGUGGAUUUAAACGAUUUUGGCAAGUCAAAAAACGUUAAAAAAAAUUAGCCUUCAACCUCAGCUAUAGAAGAGGGUGUCAUCGGCAUAACGGAGAAGAACGGAGCUAAUAGUUCAGAUCCUUCCAGAGAGACUGCAAGAGUUGAGUAACGAUCCGCUGCGUCUGUGGCCAUGUCAACUCUUCAGCUACGAUGACAACAGGGUGUGACAUGGUGUUGUGUGUGUUUCUGCUAUUUUAAUUGUUUUACAGAGCGUCCGUUUGCGUUGUUGUCCUGUGCACGCAAACAUAGAAAUGCAUACACGUGUAAAUACAAUUGGCGGGUUGAUGCCAUGCUGUUUCUGUGUUUCAGUUGUUGCACGUGUUCUGAUUCAGGCCAGAAUUUAAAUAAAAUUUAUUGCAAGUU